AUGGUUCCAAACGGUGUUUGGGAUACACUACUGUCUCUUGCCGCUAAGGAGGCUCAGACACCCCUCUCCAGUGCGAAGAGAUUACACUCCCCCUCUCCAGUGCCGAGGAGGUUACACGUCCGUCUUGCGUUCAAGAUUAUGAGAUGUAACUGGUACGGGCCGCCAUCUCUACACAACUUUACAGGAAUAAUCUAUGAGACCUCAGAGAAGCAGGACCAUACCAUAAAUUCUAAUAAGGAUUUGAGUAUAAAUAAGAAGAACAAACAUGUUGUCCUAAGUUUUAGAGAAAAAUCAAGUAUGUUUCGAAACUUCUUAAUUUUUUCUUUGGUGAUUUUUCUGAUAUCUGGUGAAGUAUGCGCUUGGGGAAGGUUUAGAAAAGCAUUUGACAAAGUCAAGAAACGUGCUGAAAAAGCAAGGGAAAUUUUUGACUCAAUACAACAAAUUUUGGAUAUUAUUGGAAAAAGAUCGGUAGAUAAGGAUAUGAGCCGGUUUGAUAUCUGCAAUUUUUCUUCUUUGGAUCUAAAUAUUGAUGAUACUGUAAGUGAGAGUGAAAUCUCAACUCUGAUAGAAAUGACAGGCAAAACUGAAUUAGCCUCCUACUUCCAACAACUUGACAUUAACAAAGAUAACAAAGUCACAGAGAGGGAAUAUCAAGACUCUGAUAUUAUAACAAAUAUUUGUCCUUAACGUUUGUUUUUAUUAUCAUUUUAUUGAAAUUCCUUUGGAUUUUCUAGCCUU